CUUCAUUCAUCACAACAGCUUUGAAGGGAUACACCUGUCAUUAUCACAAUCACACGAACCCAUUUUUGUCAUUUCAUGCAACCUUCCACCUUCUCUCACUAACUACCCCUCUCUCUCUCUCUUUCCCCACUUCCACUUCCACCACCACCAACUCACACAGAACACAAAAACCCACACAAACUGGUGAGAAGCUGGGAAGAAUCAUCACACAGCAACAUCCAAAGCUUCCAACUUCCUUGCAAUGGGGACUCGAAUCCCUUCCCAUCAGCUCAGUAGUGGCUUGUAUGUUUCGGGUCGACCCGAACAACACAAGCCUGAGCGACAGCCGACAAUGUCGUCGCGCUCCGUUCCCUACACCGGCGGGGACCCCAAGAAAUCCGGGGAGCUCGGGAAGAUGCUCGAGGUUCCCGGCGUCGACGCCAAGCCCUCUCGGUCAUCUUCGCAGCACAACAGUGGGUCGGUUAGAUCCGGGCCGAACUCGGGCACUGUUGGCAGGAACAGUGGUUCGGGCCCAAUGACCCGGAAAUCGUCUGGUUCGGGCCCGAUGGCGCUUCCAACGGGGCUCAUCACGUCGGGCCCGGUAGGAUCCGGCCCGAUUGGAAAGCGUUCGGGUCAGCUGGACCAGACGGGUGCUCCGGCAGCGGCGCCUUCGGCGGGAGGGAAGACGGUUUAUGGUUCGGCCGUGACGAGCUUGGCGGAGGAGGUGAAGGUCGGGUUUAGGGUUUCUCGGGCGGUGGUGUGGGUUUUCCUGGUGGUGGUGGCAAUGGGGUUGCUGGUUGGGGUGUUCUUGAUGGUGGCGGUGAAGAAAUUUGUGAUCUUGGUGGCACUUGCGGCGGUUAUUGUUCCGGUGGUGGCUUUGACUGUUUGGAACUGUGUUUGGGGAAGAAGAGGGUUGUUAGGGUUUGUGAAGAGGUACCCUGAUGCUGAGCUUAGAGGCGCCAUUGAUGGACAAUACGUCAAGGUUACCGGGGUUGUAACCUGUGGCAGUAUUCCUUUGGAGUCAUCCUACCAAAGGAUAUCUAGAUGUGUAUAUGUCUCUACUGAAUUAUAUGAAUAUAAAGGUCUUGGUGGAAAAUCAGCAAAUCCUAAACACCGCUGCUUCACUUGGGGUUCUAGAUACUCUGAGAAAUAUGUAGCAGACUUUUACAUAUCAGACUUCCAGUCUGGGUUAAGAGCACUAGUGAAAGCAGGCUAUGGUGCCAAGGUUGCUCCCUUUGUGGAACCAACUACUGUAGUUGAUGUAACAAAGGACAACAGAGAGUUAUCGCCGAACUUCUUAGGCUGGCUUGGGGACCGCAAACUCUCUAGCGAUGACCGUAUAAUGCGCCUCAAGGAAGGGUACAUCAAAGAAGGUAGCACUGUCAGUGUAAUGGGAGUUGUGCGUCGACAUGAUAAUGUGCUCAUGAUUGUUCCUUCCACAGAACCUGUCUCAACAGGUUGUCAAUGGAUCCGCUGCCUCUUGCCAACCUACGUUGAGGGUCUUAUCCUGACAUGUGAGGAUAAUCAAAAUUCCGAUGUUAUUCCCGUUUAGCAUCUUCUGUCUAAUAAGCUUCCACGGAAACUGAUGUCUUAAUACCAAAAAUGUAGUUAGUGAUGGUGGAAUCCUACACUACAGGUUAAACAACUAGUUUUCCACGUGCAAUCUCUGUGUAGAUCAUUAAUUUGGCUCGGGAAGAAGAUGCAAAGACGACUCUGAAGUCGUCAUAAGAAUCAGAAUAUAAUCAGAUUCAUAUCACUUGAGGAAGGGUCAAAUGUCAAGUAGAAGCAGUAUGAGAGUCAUAUAUAUCAGUGUAUGAAGAAGUUGCAUAUUGUCUUAUUUAUUAUGCUUAAUUAUAUGUACAUAGGUAGGAGAUAUGCCCGAAGGGGCUCGAAGUAGUUGCUCUCAUAUUUGGAGUUUAGUGCUAGCAUGAAUGUAGUUGCUCUAUUGCUAAAAUAUUUGGUACAUGUCAAGUGUGUUAACCUGUAUUCUUCAAGUUAGUAUGUUGUAUUAAGCCUAUGAUCUAUCAUAGUAGCUGUAAAAUUGAAGCAUCAAUCCUACCACUGAUAAUCUUGUAUAAAUUUUGGCGUAAAAUAAGUUCUUGUGUUUUGCAUUUACAAA